AUAAGUAUACUUCUCCCAGAUUGCUUCAGGAAGUGAGUGCCGACAACCGCGCCUUUGCCAGACAAAUUGACGAACACACAGAUCCGGAGGAACAGCUAAUAGGAUUCUACCAGGAGAUUGCCACGCCCCUCAUGGCUGACGUGGAAGUUAGCUAUCUGGAGGACGAGGUUGACCCUGAGUCCGUGGUGAAGCAAGGCACGACUCACUACUACUCAGGAGGAGAGGUGGUGACUGCUGGAGUGUUGGCACCGGGAGCCACGCACCUUGAGCCGGUAGUCCAGGGAGUUGGCAAGGCUGGACUUAUACAGUUCAGGGUGAACCGUCUCCAUGUAAACCCAGCGCCUGCUCUCGAUAAGGACAACUAUGUGGCGAGGUUGUGGGCGUACCUAGCUGUGCAGGAUCUUCUGUCUAAGGCCUCAGUGGAAGAAAAUAAAGAUCGCGUUGCCAGGUUGAAAGCAGAGGCACUGGAUAUCGCCCUCAGAUUCCACUUCGUAACCAAACUGACAUCGUUGGUUGUGGUGCGCCCCGAAGAUGAACAACUUGAAGAGGAGGAGGAGGAGGAGGAGGAGACGGCAUACGGUAAGUUAGGGUAUGUUAAUUGGGUACGUUUUCCAAUACGUACCACACCUACGCCCUAUCCAUGGAGCUCCGUCCUCUGAACCCUCGUGGUCAUUAUACUGUACAAUACGUCGUAACUACCUAACCACCUCGACCCUCUCCCAAGGAAGUGGCC